AUGGCGUCAGAUCUUCCUUUCAAGCUGAGCAACCCUGAGAUCUUCCGCACGAAAGCUCUAGUCGGAGGCGAAUGGGUUGAGUCAAAGUCUGGCAAGAGAUUCGAUGUGUAUGAUCCUGGCAAUGGCAAGGUAUGGGCGACAGCACCAGACUGUACUCCAGACGACACCGAUGCCACUGUGAAAGCCGCCCACGAAGCCUUCCAAACAUAUCGGAAGGUCAACCCAAGGACUCGUGCACAAUGCUUGUUGAAAUGGGACCAGCUCAUUCGGGAGAAUCGUGAUGAUAUUGCCAAGAUCGUCACAUACGAGACUGGCAAGCCGAUCGCAGAGUCCCAGGGCGAGCUCGACUACGCCCUUGGUUUCACAUGGUGGUUCGCUGGUGAGGCCGAGAGGGUGCAGGGUACCGUCCAGACACCCGCGGCGCCAAACCGACGAGUCUUUACUGUCAAGCAGCCGAUCGGAGUAACAGUCGCGCUUGUCCCAUGGAACUUUCCAAUCGCUAUGAUCUUGCGAAAGGCGGGUGCAGCUCUGGCGGCCGGGUGCACCAUGAUUGUCAAGCCGAGCCCAGAGACACCCUUCUCGGUUUUGACGCUCGCGUACCUUGCUGAGAAGGCUGGCUUCGCCAAGGGUGUCUUCAGCGUACUUCCCACCAGUCUCGACGGUACUCCAAGCUUGUCGGAGUCGCUGUGCAGACAUCCGUUAGUCAAGAAGGUCACCUUUACUGGCUCGACUCGCGUUGGCAAGCUUGUAGCCAAGAUCUGUUCCGAUGGCUUGAAGAAGUGCACUUUGGAGCUGGGCGGCAACUGUCCAUUCCUGGUCUUCGACGAUGCCGAUCUCGAACAAGCGGCUGCACAGCUCAUGGCUCUCAAGUGGCGACACGCCGGUCAAGCUUGUAUCACAGCAAAUCGUGUGUACGUCCAGAAGGGUGUCUACGAGAAAUUCACCGAGAUUCUAGCGGAAAAGACUCGCCAGCUCAAGAUUGGACAUGGCGCGAAGGAUGGAAUCACGUUGGGUCCUGUGACAACAGCUCGAAGUCUAGACAAGGCACAAGCUCAGGUCGAAGACGCGACCAAGAAUGGUGGCAAGCUUGUGAUGGGCGGCAAGAAGUUGCACGGCCAAAGUGGAUACGAAGGAUACUUCUUCGAGCCCACGAUCAUCACAGGCGCAAAGGAUGGCAUGCUCAUCUCUCGCGAGGAGACUUUUGCUCCCGUUAUGGCGCUAUUCGAGUUCGAUACCGAGGAUGAAGUGGUCAGGCUCGCCAACGAUACAAGCAUGGGGUUGGCUUCGUACUUCUUCACCAAGAACAUCGAUAGAACCUGGAGAUUGUUGGAGAACCUGGAGGCCGGAAUGAUAGGCAUGAACACUGGAAACGCAUCGGCUGCCGAGUCGCCAUUUGGUGGUAUCAAGGAAAGCGGAUAUGGCAAAGAGAGCGGCAAAGACGUGGCCAUCAAUGAGUACAUGAUCACGAAGACCGGUACGCUUACUCUCAGCGACCAUUAUUGA